AUGAGCACUGAGGAGAAGUUUACCUGGUACAGAAAACAGAAAGCCCAAAGGCUCGAAAACGGCACAAGCCGCAAGCGUACCUUCGAAACGGCGGUAGGAGCUUUAACGGAAGAGAGGAAGAGGAUGGAAACCCAACAGGACGUGGACCGGUGGUUCCGGUUCAAGGACUGGGCGGCGAGGGAGGCGUUGCUGACAGGAGCAAAGCCCGAAGAGCUGCCCAGGUUGUGGAAGGCAGAGAUCUCGAAGCCCGGCGCAAUCACGAAGGUUGUGCGAGGCGAGCUCUUGUUGAAGGAGUGGUCAGGCUGCGAAGACCGCUUGGGGUCGCAGCACGAGCUGUCCACCUCCGUGAAGCAGAGGAUGGAUCUCGCCUCAAGGGAAGACCUGGAGAGAUUCCAUGAGAUCUCUGCUGGCAGGCUCGAGCGAGGACAGAACCUCCUUUCGGCCGACCGUCUUGUGAACAGUGCAAACAACACAAGGCAGGAAAGCCAACUCCUCAAUGUCGUGGCUGACAUGGAGGAGGCGGCACAAACCCGCAGGGAGCUGGAGGCCCGUCUCUUCGAAGAAGCCGAGAUCGCCGAGGCGAGGCGAAAAGCGGCGCAGGAAGAGAAGCCGAAGGUUUCCAGUGCAACACUGGAAAAGUUGCAGUACGAGCAGUCGAUGGUUCAAGCGGACACCACGAUCGAGUCGUGGUUGCGGAAGCAUCGGAAUUCCUACACCGGCAUGGUUGCGGACAUCAAAGAAGCCGGCAUCGAAUCCGAUGCUGGCGGCAAAGCCGAGCUGCAGAUCAAGACCCAAGACUUCGAGCGGUUGGUCUCCGAGCUGAAGCGGGAGGUGAUGGAGAAGAAAAUCAAGGAGGAUGGGGAGGCGGAUGGCCCGACGGACCUGGAGGAACUGGCUCGGCAUUGGAAUGCACUCUACAUUCGGGUGUCCAAGGCUGUGAAGGAGGUCUCGACCUGCCAACCCGCCGCCGAUCUGAAGAAGUUCUUGGGCGGCUUCCGGAGCUGGGUGAACCAGUUCAAGAAAAAGGUCGGGAACUCGAAGAAGACAAAGAAGGACAGCAGCAAGGACGAGAACAAGAAAGCGAAGGUGAGCGGCCCUCCUGCGGGAACUGGUACGAAGAUGGGCGAAGAGAUCCUCAGCAGCUAUGCCGGGGCCUUGAAUGCCGGGCAGGAGGUGUCCGAGAAUUUCAAUUUGGCCAAUGAAUGCUUCAAUGCCCUCGACUGGCUGUGCCAGGGCAAGGGGUCGCAGUGCCUGCUUAUCACCGCAGCACAGACAAAAGCCUUCGUCGAUGACAUCUGCGGGCUGACCUACUUCGCUCAGCAGAAAGAGUGGGUCUAUGAGAGCUGGAGCAAGGACAAGGCCAAGGCCCAGGUGUCCUUGGCCCUUGUGGCCAAGAGCAACAUUCCCACGUGCUGGGAAAAAAAAGCAGAAGAUGAAUUGAUCUCCGUGAGCACGGACGUGGAUCCCCUCCUCGGCGAGAUCUUCAUACCCUGCUUUUGGUCCUUCGGCAAGAAGACCCACAAGAUCUUCUACUCCACCGACUACGGCCUGACGGAGUUCAAGGUGAUCUUGGAAGGGGCGUGCCUUUUCAUCGGCAGGCCUGUGCCAGAUGACGGCCUCAAGAGCUUCGGCAGCUUCUGCCAGACCGUGAGCGAAAACGAGAGCCAGAACUGGCUGGAUGAGUGCAACGAUCAUGGCUGGGCUGUUCUGCUGAAGAAAGGCGACAUGCUGGGAAUCCCAGCUGACCACGCCUACAUUCAGGUCUGUGUGGAAGAGUCCCACGGCGUCAGGAUCCUGAAGGGCUCCCGCCGUGGUCUCAAAGCCAGCAAAGAGAUCCUGCAGGCCAGGAUCGAGCAGUGGCCGGAGUUGCAGGAGCAUCGUACCGGAAAGCUGCUGGCCUGGGCGAACUCGGUCGAUUGCACCCAGAGCGAUGCACAGAGACUCGAGCCGAUUUCCGAGACAGAGAGUGAGAGAGAGGAUGAGCGGUGCGAUGCAAAGGCAUCACCCGUGAAGCAGGAGUCGCCAACUGCAGAAGAGCGGUCGUGGAGCCCUACUGUGGCAGAGUACACUAGGUGCUUGGUGCAUGGAAGCAUCACCAGGCUUGCUGAGCUGAAAGACCGGUGGAAUAAAGAACUGGGGAUUUUCACCGAGUUGGAGAAGGACGACCCGGUCCAAUCCUGCUUAGAGGAACGUUUUGAGCAAGGCCCAGUGUCGCUCCAUACUUUCAUCGAAAACGAUGCAAAGGGAGUGGCACUGAUCCUCUUGGACUUUCAAGCCGGGUCCUCGCAUUCGUGCGAGAUCGAGUGCAUGGUGUACAACUGCAUGGAACAGCAGGUGGAGUAUCGCUCUUGGGACCCGAAAACCCCAGCUCCAAAGCACAACACAAAGAGGAAGGCGAUUAGUGAGGGGUUGUCCCGAAAGAAUGCCCGCUACUUCUAA